AUGCGCUACGGAGACUGGGACAUUCUGUUGUUCCCCUCGGGGAAGGACUCCAAGGUUCCCGUGAAGGAAUUCAGAAUUGCCUGCCAAGUCGUCCCGGACAUUGAACUUGCAAACAACCCUGGCUCCUUCGGCCUUCCCGUGAUGACUUGCUUCAUCCCUGGUCUACCUCAUGGCUCGCCAUUCCAUAUUUCUGUCCAUAGCUGGAAGGCGCCGGAGAUCAGCCAGUUCACCAAGAACUACAGCAAGCACAGCGAGCUCGUCAAGUUUGAAGCUCGUGUUCUCGUCGACGGACGUCUAGUGUCGGUGGGCCAAUGGCCGCACCUGAUCAACAGCACCUUUGAGAUGAGCAAGCAAGGCGAGCUCGAACCUCUGAAGUUCCCAUUGUUUCGACGGGAGCUGCUGUACGAGAAUCACUGGAACCCCGGCGAUGACAUCGGUCGGAUUAAGGUCGUGAUUAGCGAAGGCUUUCCUCGCGAUUCCCUGUCCGUGCCGAUUGAGCGAGUGAAAAAUGUCGUUGUGUUCUCCUUUCAACAUGCUCCACUAGGUAGGUGA